CGUUCGCCGCAGGUUAAGUAGUCUUCCUGGACGGGCGCUGGCACUGUCCACGUCCAGGGCUGGUGCGAAGGUCCGGGGUUCGGGGCACUCGGACACGCGAGGGCCCAGGGCGGCAGGGGAGGAGUCGGCGGCGAAGCUGCUGGUUGUCCGGAGUCCCGAGUGUGCUUGCUCUCUCAGUGGUUCACCCCUCGGCUCUAGGUCCCGGACAUUUCUGCACUCCUCCCCUAACUACCCAGGUCCUACGUCUGAAAGAAGACCCCUGACAGAAAGCAUUCUCUCCUCGCCGACUUCCGUUCACGCCCAAGCCCCUCAGAGCUCUACCAAGACCUCCUGGGAUCUGUCAGCGACUUUUGAGUUGCCAGAGGCCUUGGGUAUCGUGUCUUAACGUGCUGACCCAGAGGUGCUGGCCAUUAUGGGAAAUCAACUUGCUGGCAUUGCUCCUUCCCAGAUCCUCUCUGUAGAGAGUUAUUUCUCAGACAUCCAUGACUUCGAGUAUGAUAAGAGCCUGGGAAGUACUCGUUUUUUUAAAGUUGCUCGAGCUAAGCACCGGGAAGGCCUGGUGGUUGUGAAGGUCUUUGCAAUUCAGGAUCCCACGUUGCCUUUAACUAGUUACAAACAAGAGCUGGAGGAACUGAAAAUCAGGCUCCAUUCUGCACAGAACUGCCUACCUUUCCAGAAGGCAGCAGAAAAAGCAUCUGAGAAAGCAGCCAUGCUGUUCAGGCAGUAUGUGAGAGACAACCUCUAUGAUCGCAUCAGUACCCGUCCGUUCUUAAAUAACAUUGAGAAGCGUUGGAUCGCUUUCCAGAUCCUGACGGCUGUGGACCAAGCACACAAAUCUGGAGUCCGCCAUGGCGACAUCAAGACAGAGAAUGUGAUGGUCACCAGUUGGAACUGGGUUCUUCUGACUGACUUUGCCAGUUUUAAGCCCACUUAUCUCCCAGAGGACAACCCAGCAGAUUUCAACUAUUUCUUUGAUACCUCCCGCAGGAGGACUUGCUACAUUGCUCCUGAGCGUUUCGUUGAUGGUGGUAUGUUUGCCACUGAGUUAGAAUACAUGAGAGAUCCCUCGACUCCGCUUGUAGACCUAAAUAGCAAUCAGAGAACCCGGGGAGAGUUGAAGAGAGCCAUGGACAUCUUUUCAGCAGGUAUUUGA